GCCAAUGAUUGAGCCACCGGUCACGGGUUUACACUUUCAAUAGUGCGCACUGUAUACCAACAGAGAGAUCUGGUCUGUGGCGAGUGUUGGUGGUACCAGUAUACCGGUAUGGUCUUGGGCUACACACGAAAUAAAUGAAGAAGAAAGCCCCACAAAAUCGAAAAACACAACAACUUUUUAGUGGCAAUCAUGGUCACCAUCCGAAUGCACUUGUCGAGAAUAGGGUCGGCGCCUAGUAGUGAGGGCGACAUGAUGAUCCAAAGGAAGAAAAGAAGGAGCAUCCGUAAUAGCACUCAACUUUGCCGAUCAAGUCUCGUAGAGUUGCAGCGUGCGUGGGAAAGGCAACGACGGCUGAACCUGGAUUACUUGGACUAUAAACACCAUUUCUAUGAUUAUAAUGCAGCACAUCGUCAGUCUCAGAGGCCACAACUAGUACAGAAACAGCACAGCAGAAUCAUCAACGUGGAGAACGAGUACAGGUUUUGGACUUCCAAGCAAUCCGUGAUCAUUUUGGCUUCUCUUGUGUUGGCAGUUGGAAUCCACAUGGUCUUUUUCUACACGGCACUGAUGCUGUUCCUGUAUGAGACAGGUCAAGUCAUGACCCGUUGGCAAACGUUUUGGAAGAAUCAUUACGUUAUUCAAGAGUUCCGAGACUUUAUUCUCAGCUGGUGGCACUACAUCCGGCAGCAAAUCACGCUGUUUCUGGACACGAACAAUUAUUCCCAAAAGGCUGCCGUUGGAUGUUGGCUCUUUUACUAUCCGCUCACGUACCGAAUUGUAUCGCACCAUUUGAAGCGACGAAAGCAGCAAAUGCUCCAACUUGCCAAAGCCGAAGCCAAUCGAUGGAACCAACACACGACGGAAGCCAUUCAACAGGCCCGAACCAUUGUGAGGCGUUCUUCCCUUGUCGUUCGGCAGGGCCUGAAGCGUCAUCGGCGGCGGCUACAACAACGGCAAUGCCUUUGUCAAUACUACCACCAAAGACGACAACGACAAUCUGUGGUGUGGCAGCUGGAACAUCAUGAAAAUUAAUGUAGCAG